UUGAGAUCUCCUUUCCAACAUCGUCUCGAGUCCAGCAGGCGCAAAGCUUCAAUCGCCUAGUCACCAAUUGAGGAGAGCUUCCUUGAUCAUUAGCUAGCUCUGCCACGUCUCUUCCAACACGCGCUGUCACCGCAGCGGAAAAAGGGCCUCUGGCGACACCUUUCGACCGACCAGGAACGCGCCCGCAUCAUACACCCGACUGCUCCCCAUCGCGACCGGAGACGUACCCCCCGAGGGAGCGACGCGCUUCCGACAACUGCGUUGGCAUGGAACCCACCGACAGAUACUUCAUUUUUGAAAAUCGCCUCGACUCGUUUCGAGUCCCCCAAGUUGUUUCAUCCAAGGGCAAGGCUGCAAAGACGCUUGCCUGGCCACACAAGACUCUCUCACCAGUCGCUCUUGCGAAAGCCGGUUUCUUUUACGAGCCGCACCUCAAGAGUCCCGACAAUGUGGUGUGCUUUUUGUGCGAGAAGUCGCUCGAUGGGUGGGAAGAGAAUGACAACCCGGUGGGGGAGCACCUGAAGCAUUCGCCAACUUGCGGCUGGGCGAUUAUGGCGGCAAUCGAGGCCGGAUAUGGGAAUUAUGGGAAAUUACACCCCCUCGACCCUGCCAUGGUGGAAGCGCGGAAGGCGACAUUCGCCGGCAGGUGGCCGUACGAGUCGAAGAAGGGUUUCAAAUGCAAGACGAAGAAGCUGGUCGAGGGUGGUUGGAAGUACACCCCGUCGCUCGAGGCUGAUGACAUGACGACCUGUGCUUACUGCGAUCUCGCGCUCGAGGGUUGGGAAUCCGACGACAAUCCAUUUGACGAGCACUACAAACGCAAACCGGACUGUCUCUUCUUUGCACUCAUCAAUCAGUAUCCCGCCCCAAAGAAAGGAAGGGGGAGGGCAGCUAGAAGCUCCAAACCCUCUCGACUCUCAGUACAGUCUGUUGCCACCGUUGCAACAACAGUGUCGGAUCUCACCUCUACGGCCGACAUCUCUGCCGACCACGACGACAGUGUUAUGACCACUGCAUCUACAAUGACACAAGGAGGGAGAAAAACAGCGAAGGGGCGCAAACCUGUUACUGGCAAGGGACGAAAGACCAAGGCAAAGAAAGAAGAGGCCGUCGAUAUCUUGGAGGAUGGAGGACAGGAGCUCCAACAACAAAGUGGUGCAAGAGGCCACAAGCGUGCCAGCGACGCUAUGGAGGACCCGUCCGUUGUCAAUGCGGAGGCGCCAGCUUCCAAGAAGCGAGCCACGAAGGCAAGGGCAAGCAUGGCUGUCAAUACCUCGUCGAUUAUUGACGCCGAUAUGGGCGAUGCCCUUCCUGCUAAGCAACCGGCUUCGAGGAAGAGAGCCUCGGCUUCAACAGCGAAAACUAAGCGGAUGACUUCGCGGGCAUCCAUUACGUCCCAAGCAUCAACCGCAUCCCUACGCGCUCAGAUGCCCGAUGACGACGAGCUCGAGCGCCAACUUGAAGCCGACUUGGAACGCUACAACAGCGAUGCCGAUGGGAUCUCCGUGGAACAAAUCCCUCCGCCGGCUAGGGGACGGCCCAAGAAGGCCACCACCGCACGCAAAGUCAGUGUUCAGAAGAAGAAGAAAGCCGAACAUGAUUCUCGCGCCAUGCUUGACCCAACGCCAAUGGUACCAAAUGACGCCGAGAUUGAGGCCGACUUUGAGGCGAUACAGGCUGGGAUGGAAGUGGAGCAAAUCGCAGCUGCAGGGACUCUCGCGGUACCAAAGAAGGGCCGCAAAGCCGGGACCCGAAAGGUCUCGAGACAGAUUAGCAAGGUGAAGGAGCCCGUACCUCCCUCCGAACCAGCUGAGGCGGAAGAAGUACGAGCUCUUGAACAAGCUCAGGCUAGGGAUAUUGACGCCCCACAACCGCAACCGGACGUGGAGAUGGUGCCGGCAGAGGAUCCCGAUGUCAGUACAGAGACCGUGCUGACGAAGCCUGUCGCUCCCCCCAGCAACGAGAAGCGAAGGCGAGGGCGGCCAUCCAAGAAGUCAACAGCCUCACAGGCCUCCGUUGAAGAUCUAGCGCCGCGCCCGUCCAUGGAGGCGUCCGGGAAGGUCGCAGCCACACAGCCUCGAGAGUCUAUACCCGCGCCAACGGACCCGCCAGAUGCCAUCUUCAGGAAGCUAGCUCCUGACUCUUCCCUGAACUCGGCUCGGAGCCAACUUCCCGCCUCAGUCCCGGCAACAACAACGACGCCGCAGAAAUCUUCCAAGACUCUUCCAGCACCGCCUUCAUCUUCUAGCCGCCUUCCGCAACCCCCCUCGACUCCCCGAACCCGCCCCAGCCUCUCGGCGCGCUCCAACAACCAAACUACCGGCACAACCCGCACCCGGUCCUCCCCCCAAUCCUCCGACGCCGAGAAUCAACCCCCGACCUCCCUCCAGCCAGCAGCGAGCGUGCUCCCAAAGCGCGUCGUCCUCGCCCCGCUCGACACCGCCGUCGCCCAGACCCCCAACCGCAACUCCCCAUCCAGGCGCAACAUCAUAUCUGGCCUGCAAAGCAGCCACCCCUGGGAGCCGGCCGAUUUGGACUUGCUCUUCUCGUCCUCGCCCGUCAGGAGCCCCCACGAUGGCGAGGAUGACAAGGAAAACGGCCAUAGCGGCCAACGGGGCGUCGCGAAGCUGCUGCGGAAGGGUGCCGAGCUGACUAGUCCUGAGAAGCGCAUGACGGUGGAGGAGUGGAUCUAUCAUAAUGCCGGGCUGGCGGAGCAGAAGCUGAAGCGGGAAUGCGAAGCGAUGGUGGCGGCAUUCGAGGCCGAGGGCAUGAGGGCGUUGAAGGUUCUGGAGGGGCUUGUUGUUGAAGCAUAGAGUUGGCUCGACUGUCAGACAUGGAGGGCGGCAUAAGUCGAGGUGUGGGGAGAUGGAGGUCAUUGUCAAAGGGUGCCUUGUCGAGUGUGUUAUUACCAAAUCUGCCAUAGGGUUUUGUUGUGCUACUGUGAUAGGGUUGCUGGGUACUCGGUUUGUUGGUGUUGGAUUUGCUGCUCUUGGUCUAAUCGAGCUUCGUUCUUGAGCCGCUCUCUUUCCCACGUUAUCCCCGA